AUGGCUAACAAGUUAUGGGGGAGAGAUGGUACGAUUACCGUUGUCAACGAUCAAGGUCUUUUUCUGUCUCGCUUUCCUGAUGAAAGAACAAUGAAGUGGGUCUUAGAGGGAGAGAAGAAUGAGCCAACCCUCGUAUACCACGGUGAUAUCCAGAGUAAUCACCACUUCAUCACUUCAUGCAAUGAAGAGGGAGACUGGAUAGAGAAGAAUGAGCCAACCCUCGUAUACCACGGUGAUAUCCAGAGUAAUCACCACUUCCGAUGA